AUGGCAAGCCCAGACAAGGAUGGCGGUAGCAAAGACAAGCAUCUGUCCGAGGACGAGGAAAAAUGGGCCAAAGACGAGCACAAUCAGCAGGAGAAGGAGAGCGGGAAGGUGGUGGUGCCGCCCUCGGGUGGGGACACCAAGCGGGGCAAGAGGCGCACCCCAUGCAGGAGCGGCUGGGCCCUGACCGAGCGUUUGGCCAUCAACGUGUCGGGCAUGCGUUAUGAGACCCAGCUGCGCACCGUCGCCCAGUUCCCCAAGUCCUUACUGGGAGACCCCCGUAAGCGGCUGCGCUACUUCGACCCCGCGCGGAACGAGAUAUUCCUGGACCGCAGUCGGGUGUGCUUCGAGGCCAUCCUGUACUUUUACCAGUCAGGCGGUAGACUGCGGCGGCCCGCCAACGUGCCGCGCGAUGUGUUCUUGGAGGAGCUGCGCUUCUACCAGCUGGAUGAAGACAUCCUGGAACGUUUUAAGGAGGACGAGGGCUUCCCCAAGGAGGAGGAGCGAGCUCUGCCCAGCGGGGAGCUGCGACGCCGGCUCUGGAUGCUCUUCGAGUAUCCUGAGUCAUCCAGUGCUGCCCGCAUCAUUGCCAUCGUUAGCGUGUUGGUCAUCAUCAUCUCCAUCCUCAUCUUCUGCCUGGAGACCCUUCCUGAGUUCAGGAACGAGAGGGAGCAGAGAGAGAGGUUCACUAGCGUUCUUCGCUCAGCCGUAAGCAACGAGAGCCUCCCACACUCGGCAGUGUUUUCCCCCUUCCAGGAUCCCUUCUUCAUCGUGGAGACCAUCUGUAUCUGCUGGUUCUCCUUUGAGCUCAUUAUGCGCUUCAGUUGCUCCCCCAGCAAGACACACUUCUUCAAGGACGUCAUGAACACCAUCGACUUCUUCGCGAUCAUUCCUUAUUUCGUCACACUGGGCACGGAGCUGGCCAGGGACAAAGGGGCGCAGCCCUCUGUGUCAUUAGCCCUGAUCCGCGUCAUCCGGCUAGUGAGGGUCUUCAGGAUCUUCAAGUUGUCCCGACACUCCAAAGGUCUCCAGAUCCUGGGCCAGACGCUGAAGGCCAGCCUGCGAGAACUUGCCCUGCUCAUCUUCUUUCUCUUCAUCGGCGUCAUCCUCUUCUCCAGCGCCGUCUAUUUCGCAGAGGUGGACCGCCCGGACACGAACUUCACCAGCAUCCCGGAGGCCUUCUGGUGGGCUGUGGUUUCCAUGACGACAGUGGGCUACGGCGACAUGUAUCCCGAGACGGUAGGCGGCAAGUUGGUGGGCUCCAUGUGUGCCAUCGCCGGCGUGCUCACCAUCUCACUGCCCGUGCCUGUCAUCGUGUCCAACUUCAGCUACUUCUACCACCGCGAGAUGGAACGGGACGACACAAGCGUGUACCAACACGUGUCCACGUCCAUCUGGGAAGAUGAUGACGAAGAUAACGAGGAAGAGCUGGAUGAAGGGCCUGAGGAUAUAGGAGAAAGCACACCACUCUAUGGAAGGAACAGCAAAGCAGAUGGAGAUCUUGGUCGGGCGAACGUUCUCCUCAGAGAACCUCUGGUCACUCAGGUGUGA